AUGUCGUGCAUCAGGUUUUAUUCAUUUCUCUGGAGCCCUGCAUCCACUUCACGUGUUCUCCCUGUCUGCCUGCAGGUUUACCAGCUGCUUCAAUCCCAACAAGACGCCGCCGUGCAGAUUUCUCAUCAGCAGUGUUGGCAGGACACCCUCAUGCGCCUCUACCUUCGGGGGGAAGGAUCCUUUGCUCUUCGUGGCUCGGACACAAUCAGCACCUGCAGUCUGGAUCUCAACCGAUCGGGAGGAACACAUCGUCUGGAUGUUCCUCAUGAAAGGAGGUCGAGAACGGGCAGCCGCUUGGAGGACGACCGAAUCAGCGUGGGAGAAACUCGCUCUGUCGACAGCCUGGAAAACGGAGACGCCAUUUCUCUUCUGGACACACCUUCUUCUUCUGCCUCCACCUCCACAAAGCCUUGGGUGUUGGGGAAGUCGGGGGGUUUGAUGCUGGAUCUGUCCCACCUUCAGUCCUUCGAAGGUGGGGACAGCGGCAGCCAAACGCCCGGCAGCGCUCAGAGCACACCGUCACCUCUGGAGACAUCCAAACCUUUUCCGGGGAGCACCGGGGAUAGAGAUAGAGAUGCAACGCCCUCCCUGACUGAAGACAGCUUCCUGUUCAGUGACAACAUCUCACUGGGCGAGUCCUUCAACAACGCUGAGCGAGCGGAGGAGGAGCUGUGCAGCAUGCUGCUGGAGAUCGUGCUCUGCGUGAUGUGGCGAGGUGUCGAAGGAUCAGAUGAUUCAGCGUGGAUCGAGCGCGGACAGGUGUUCUCUGCUCUCACCAAACUGGCAACCGCCAACGAGCUGCUGCUUCCUGUCGACCAGAUCAAACUCAGUCUGAUGGAGCGCAUGUUGGAGUGGUCGGUGUGUGAUAACCGCGAGGCGUCGGCCUCCUCGCUGCCGCAGCACACGGAGAACGCGGUGCGCUUGCUGCACAUGGUUCAGGACUUCCUGCAGGCCGAGGGUCUGGUGAAUCCGGCGCUGUGGACGGAGAAAGUCCUGGAGGAGACGGUGACGCUGAUGGACAGCUUGAUGGUUUGGUACGCCUCCGGAUCGCAGUGGUUCCAACUCUCCCAGGUGGGACUCCGGCUGCUGCUGGGCUUCAUGGCGCAGGAGGACCCAGAG